UUGCGGCCGAGGCCAUGGCCGGGUAAGGGGGGGACACGGUCCCGGUGUCUCGGUCCCGGUGUCUCAGUCCCUGUCACCCAAUCCCGGUCACCGAGGAGCGGUGGUGCCGGACGCUGCCCGUUCCUUUCCCUGAGGGACAGCGCUUCACCGCUUCCCCUCAGCGCGGGCCUGCGGCCGGGAGGCAGAGGCUCGGCUCGGUGUGGGAGGAUAGCAGGGCUGCAAGAGGCACAUCGGUGAUGCUGUAGCACAUGAAGAGUGUGAGAGGACUCUUGGCUGCCUCUGUCAUUUCCAUCCAGAACUCCUGCUUCAUCUAUCCUGCCUGUCAAAACUGCUUUUCUAGGCUGAUACUGGAUUCUAGGAGGUUUAACUGUCCAAAAUGUGGCUGCACAGGUGAAGCUAAAGAUGCGAGCUACAGAUACAGAUUGUCCCUAAAGAUUGCUGACACUAAUGAUUUGUUUGACAUCACUGUGUUUGGAAGUUGCUUAGAUCCAUUCUUUGGGGUCCCCGCAGAAAAUCUGCAGAGGUAUAUUCAAGACUUCAAUCAGCUGUCAGGAGAAACAAACACAGAUGUAUCUCAAGCAGUGUUGUUUCAAGCAGUGGAAACCUGUUUCAUUGGAAAAAGAUUUAUAUUUGGAGUGAAGGGUUGGGCAAGGGAAGAUGGAGGCCAUCCUGCUGCCAGCAGCAUCUUGCAGAACUGCUCCAGAAUUAAUAGAAGCACAAAAACCCUUACAGCUUGCCAGCUCUUCCUGCCAAACGCUGCUGUUACUGGCUUUACUGUUAUCAGCUACUUCCAUCGGCUCCUGCAGUCAGCAAAACUCAGGAGCUGUAGUAACAGCUCAGAUUUACCUGACACAUCAGCAGCUGCAGCAGAUGAAGCUGUCAGUGAGCUCAGCAGCUUGUCUAGCCUGAGCAGAAACUCCUGCUCUGUUCAGCCUAGUGGCAGAGAAAGUCCUUUAAGGUCCUGGCAGGAGUCCUUGAGUCUGACUUCAUCUGUUGCUUGGGUAACAGCAGAAGACUUUCCCACUCUGGAAGUGGGAAAGCUGGCGAGUGAACAGCAUGAACAAGAGGGGAGGCCUGUCCCUGCAGAAUCCUGCAGUGUGAGCCUCAACAGUCAAACUCCCUGGGAUUCACCGUUUUGCAGCUCUGCUGUGAAGGAAGGGGAUAAAGAGGAGCAUAAUGAGUUGAGUUCACAGCCUUGUCAGAGUGACAGUACCUCUGCAACUGAUGAAUUAGAGAGAAUAUCCUCUUCAGAGUGUUCACAUGGAACCAGUUCCAGGUUGUUCCAACAUCCCUUGGAAUCUGAGGUACAAAGCGCUUACCCAAAGACUGAUGGCAGAAAUUAUUCUUGCCCAGAAAAAUCCCACAACUCCCUUUUAUCCAAGAAAGAUGCCUCAGCUUCUAGUCACAUAAAUGUGACUGGAGUGUCUCAGAUGGACUCUAUGCUGUGGGAUGAGCUCGCAUUCUCAGAAAGCCUAAAUGAAUUCUUAGCCAGAAUAGAAGAAGGCAAAAGCAUCACAUCAUCACCCAACUUGGAUGCAGGCAAACAUCCUGAAAGGAGCAGGUUGGGUGCAAAUCCUGACAAAUCAUGUCUCAGGCAAACCCUUGUAGCUGCUGAUUUGCCUGAAGCAAGUGUCUCCAGGAAGGUCUUGCCACCAGCAAACAGUGAUAGCUGGGAGAAUGUAUUGUUUGCUUGUCUUCAGUCACAUGCACAUCCUCAGAGUGAUGCGGUGUCACAGCGUGAGUCUUCCUCUAGUGUUUUAUCUGACAAGGAAUCUUGCUUUAUACCUAACCCUCAUCUACCUAUUCUGUCACAAUCCUUGCCAGUUACAACAGAGCCUUCUGUUUCUGAGAGCAGAUACGUGCAGUCCAAAGCAGCAAAUACUGACAUUUCGAAAUCAUCUUGGUCUUUUCUUAAUCACUGUGCUGCUAAACAUGGAGAAACCUGUUUAAAGAGGAGUGAGGCAGCUCCCUGUGUGCAUUCUGUGCAUGGCAGCUGCUUAGCUGGUUGGGAAAAUAAAGAAAACUCUUCUUCUACACCAAGCCAAAGAGCAGGUCUUACACUCACAGGGAGAUGGGAUUCUGAUGCAGCAACUCCCAGCAAUACAAGAAGGAUUUAUGAAAGAGAAUUAAAGCCAUUGACAGAAGUGUCAGAAAACACCUUCAAAAGUGUUAAUAGGAGAGAGACACUGUGGAACAGUAUCUUCCCCGAAGGCAGCUACGAUGCUUCUGCUGAUCUCUUUGAUGCAAGAGAAAGGAAAUCAUGUCAUUCUUUAAUAAAGGGAGAUGAUACUUUGACAGAUAAGGUCACAACUCCUGAAUUAGUGCUUCAUGCUGGAGAUGUUCCCUAUAACACUUCAAAACGGACCUCAUCCCAACACAGUUCCCUCGUGCUUUUAGGAAGCACAGUACACCAGUGACAUCCUCCUUUUGCAAUGCGCAGUGCAGUUCAGUCAGCGCUCAAGACUUUGUUCCUUAUUCACAGUCCACUCCUAUGGCAAAACCUCUCCAGAAGCUGUGGCCUGUUGGGGAAAGAAGCUCUUUUGUCACUGUC